CACCUGUUCUGCCCGGCGCGUCCUCGACAUGGCGCGCGGCCCUGCGUGGACUCGGUGGGCGCGCUCUUUAUGACAGGUCGGAGACGGGGAAAGGGAGAGUAGCGAGCGGCGAGCGAGCGUACGAGCCUGCGCUCGUGAAGGAGGGGGGGUCCAGCUGCAAAAAAAAGAGAGAAAAAAAAAACGACAUAACAAUGGCAGCAUCAAGCACCUCGUAGAUGGUGGAAAACAACUGAAGGCACCGUGAAUCGGGAAUACCAGCUCGGUCGACAUGACUCCGCUUUAAAAUCCCUGGCCAUCGUAUGGCGAAUGGAAUAGUUAAGGUCUCAAUUUGUUUCCUGGAAAACGAAGACUGCCGUAAUUUAAAAUGGAGUGGUAGGGGGAGAGAAGCGCGCUGUCUCCAUCAUUGAGAGGCGCGUCCACCUGCUCAUACUGGAAGUCCGGGCUUGGGGAAAACAUGGAGAAGUGCCUGUGUUGAAGGGAAAAGACCGAUUUCUGAUUUUGUCUGAACGGGAAAGGGGGUAGGGGGGUCCCGGUGGCGAGGAAAAGGCGCAGUUUGGGUGCAUCGGGAGGUCGGACCAUGGUGGUGAUGCAUGGGAGGAACAGAAUCUGGCCAUAUUGAUGGAUGUUCUACAAGAAACCAACCUAGCUGUGCUGGCCCUCAACCCGACACAGAUCAAUGGAGUGGACGAAAAUGGAUCACAUGACCAGGGAGGGCUUCUGAAGCCGUAUGCUGCUGCACAUGCUGCCAUUCAUUUCCCCUUCUCAGCUGGCGUAUCGAGCACACAGAAAGGCAGUGCAGACUGCCAGAGAGCCACGCUAUCCACAAAGGAUCCCUGCACGCUGAAUCCAUCAUCCCCCCUGAGCCUGACAGAGGUUCCAGAGCCUGCUGCUGAUGAGUCCUCCACCCACGCCAUUUCCCUCACAUCCUGCGUCACCAAGGGGGUGAGUCCCUGGUCCCUGCCAGAAGACUGCGACAAGACUCCCUUUACCAUGAUGGAGCCUGGAGGCAUCUCCACCUUGACAGAGGAUUGCCUCAUGCAACCCAGCCGCACCUGCUUAGGGUGUUUCAUGGAGAGCAAAGAUGGUGCUGAUGCAGAACCCGGAAUCAGCCUGAAAAUGGGUGAUGUGAACAGAGAGUAUGAUGGCUGUUCCAUGUCUGACAUGGGAAUGCAUGCCAUCAUGCCCAGCGAAGCCUGCCAGUAUGGAGACCAGCUUCUCUCUGACCAACUCCUUGGCUUUCCAGUCCAUAAAGCCCAGGCAACAGAAAGGAGGGAUGUUGAGAAGUCUGAGAGUGACUCUGAGGAUCCUGCCUCCAAGAACCUUUAUGAGGGCCUACUUCUGGACAAAUGCAAUGGAGAAGAGGCCUUACUAUCCAACACUGGGCAAGACUGGGGCUACUUUGAAUCCUUCAUUAGCGAGAGCAAAAUGGAGCUUCUCGACCUCUGCUCCAAAAAUGAGCUUUCGGUGAAUCUCUUUUCCGAAGAAGACGUGGACAAUUACAUGUUUGAUGAUGACGACGACGACUCCACACUGAGCAGUGAUGUGUGCUCCCUGAAGAUCCGUUAUGAGUCCUUCCAGGACAACAUGCGAGAAAAGACAAACGUUCUCCAGGAGGAGACCCAGUUCAGCUUCUUUCCAAGUGUUCUUGUCAACUGCACCAAGAAAGACGGUGGGGUCAUCAAGAAAAACGUGGAAGGACUACAGCUCAAAGGAGAUGAAAUGCAUCCUGUGGGAACUGACAGGAAGGGGGACAAGAAUGUCUGCCCUACCAAUGGGACACCUGAUGGGAGUCCAAAGAGAAGCUAUAUAUUUGACUUCAACAACUCCACUGAAGACUCAGGGGAGUACAGUGAUGACAGCUCUUGCACUGGCUCCUCCUCUGACACUCUUCGAGAGGCUAAGGGAAGAAGCUGCUUUUUCUCCAGAGAGAAGUCAUGUUCCUCCAGUCAGCUAAAUUAUAGACUGCGAGCUAAAAGGAAAGUCAGAUACAGCGAGGAUUACCUAUACGAUGUGGACUCAAUCGAGAAUGAGAAAAAUGUUGAGAAACGUGAGAAGCUGCCUGUUGGUCCAAAGGAGGAGGAGGAUGAUGACUGGUGCCCAAAAAAGAGACGAAAAUCCUCUCGAAAGGAACCCCCAGUCAUUAUCAAAUACAUCAUCAUCAACCGGUUCAAAGGAGAGAAGCACAUGCUGGUGAAGUUGGGUAAAAUUGACCCAGCAGUUCUGACAGUGAACUUAACUGAGGAUGCAAUGAACCAGUAUGAGAAACUGGCCCCUCUGAAGAGUUUCUGGCAAAAGAGACAACAGGACAUGGAGGAGAGACGUAGGCUGGUCGUGCGUGAUAAACAUCAUUUUCGACUGAAUGGCCGCAAUCGUUCCUUCAGUUUGAGUCCCACUAAAAGGAAAUACAAGAUAGCAAACAGGCUCAGGAUUCAGAGAAUCCAAGCUGUGGAACAAUUACCAAGCAAGCAGGGAGGCAGCACCGAAGACGAUGCAACUGUUACAGGCGUGCCAUUAACUAUAGCAACCUCCAGCCGCGCAAGUACGAUAGCCGCAAAUGACAUCACACACACCAGCACACCAAACAGCAGAUCGCAAGAAAGGGAUGACAAGAGAAUUGGAAAUAAAGUGGUGCGUAUACGGAAAUUCAAAAGUGAGGCGCGGCUGAGGAGCAAAAAAAUGAAAGACAUGGAAGAGGACAGAAGCAUGACGGACCGAGCGGAGAUUUGUGCUGUAUUACAAAAUCAGGACUCUGUCAGGAGUGUGAAGGAUGAAGCAAUGGACUCGGCUGCAAGCAGCCCCCAUUUGUGUGAAAAUCACACUGCCAAUGCCUCUAAAAAAUCCACUUUUGUAUCAGCCACCUGCUCUCCUGACAAAACCACGCCAUCUGUGAAUGUGGCUACAAGUGUACCAGUUGUCCCCGGAGGCUAUCUGCAGACACUGUUAGAUGCAUCAGAUACAUCGAGUAGCACCGGAAUUUCUUUCUUCCCCCAGCAGCCCCCCAGGCAGUACCCCGUUGGUCUUUCCCAGGAAGAGAAGCAGUUCACUUCUCUGCAGCUUGCCCAGAGCUGUGUCCUCUCUCCACCCUCUGAAUCCGAACUCCAGCAGUCGCCUCAAAACUGCCAGAUUGAACCAAAUUUCACCCAUAUGUGGCAUUCGCAGCUCGGCCCCAGCCAGGCUCCAUUUGCACCUGACAUUCCAGAAACCCCCAUUAUGCCUAACAGCUUUUCUGGCCCCUUGCCUGUGCCAAUGGCAGACAACUUGUCUGUCUCUGGAUACAGCCAGCUGAACUUGGACAGCAACAGACUGCUGUAUGAGAAGAAUUAUUUGCCGGAGCAGCCCUUGCCGUCCGAUGGCGAUUAUCAGGCGUGUCAGGCGCCGUGCGGGGAGGGACACUUACAGUUGCAAAGAGGAACGCUGAAUACAGACAACGGCAGGCUCAUCAGUUUUGACUCAGUGGGUUCGUUGUCAGCUACUUCUAGCAAUUACAGCUCUCUGAGUCUAAAGUCCUGCGAGAAAGAUGGCGAGGAUGACAUGAACGAUAACUUCUUGGCCCACUGCAGCCCAAAGCUGGUGAUCCAGCAAAGUGUUGACGCAAUCACACCCCUGAGGGAGUCGACGGAUCUGCUGGAUAUCUCCAACUUUACUCCCGAUAAAUUUCGGCACUCAUCGCUGUCAGAGAUGUCCCCUCCGGAUACCCCCAAUUUGUCGCCCCAGGUGAUGGGCCCAGAGAUGAAAGGAGGGGGAGUGGCUAAGACAUACCAAGAAGCCCGUGAAAUGACUCUGGGUGGUACAUCAGAGAUGAAGUGGGACUGCAACCUCAUACCGCAGCAGGAACACCAGGCUGCCACACUCACGGCAAACAGUCACCAGUUCCAGUUCCACACCUUCAAUGAUGACGAUGGCAUGGGAUUGAUUGAGAAGGAUGCCAGCGUGGGGAACUUUGAUGAGCAGGGUAAUCAAAUUGUGAACUGUGCCAAAGGUCCAAGGUCAAAAAAGAAAAUCACCAGCAAGCAAAUUGCAGGACAGGGCUCCUUCCCAGAACAAAAAGGUACAAAGAAGACGAAGGCUCCGAAAACAGCUAAGGCAGAGAAAAGCAAGGCCCCCCGGCAGAAUUCUCGGUCACCUAAAAAGUUAAAGACCCCACCUGAUGGGAAAACCAGUAAAGGUCAGGCAGGGGGGUCCAGACUGCCCCCAAGAGCUCGUAACCUGAUAGACAACAUGGGAGCUUCUGGUGGGAACCUCAUGGGGGUGUCAGGAGAUUGGCCUUUGGUAAAGGACCCCAGCACAGGCUGGUCUGAUAGGAACAACCUUCUAGAUGAUGACCAGCGAGAAUUUGAGGAGCCUUCCAACAUCUUAUCCAACAUCGCUUCCGGCAUGGCCGAAGUUCAGCGGUUUAUGAUGGCCUCCAUCGAGCCACUGUGGAGUCCUGCAUCUGGGGCCUGCCAGCCCCCUGAGGCUAACAGCCUCAAGUUAAAGACACUCAAAAUCCUGGCAGGGACAACACCAGACUCCAAGAGGAAAGGCGCCGCCUCGCCGGGAGUGACCAAGGGAAGGAAGUCCACAGGCAAGGCUGGUAAAAACCAGUCCAAGUUCAAUGCCUCGCAUCCCUUUUUCCCCCAGCUUGCACUAGGCUGCAACAUGUUUGAUAAACCUACCCUAGGCACCCCAAGCACCAAUGGUCCUGCACACAAAAAAAUGUACCGUCACAAAACCAGUGCAAAAUUCCCCCGGGUGGAAAACAGUAAAGGAAAGCGAGCAGAGCGAGACCCAAGUAAGGACUUAGCAUUGAUGGCCUCUUAUGAAAAACUGAGAAUAUGGGUGCCCUCCAUAUCAAAGUCAGUCUACACUCUGACUUGUGUCAUGAGGGAGAACUACUCCAUCCUGUGAAGAUCCAUAAUUAUCCACCAUUACAGACCGUAGAUCACUCAAGAGUGCGGAAAAAUGUCUUAAGGAAGAUUUUUUUUUUCUGAUGCAAAAAGGGAACAUUUUUAUGUGGAUUAUAUCUCUAUCAAUCAUCUACCAUCUAUCUAUCUAUGUGUGUUUGUAUGUGUUUGUGUGUGAGAUUACCAUAUUGUCUUAUUUUUAUUCUUAUACGUGGAAUGAACUUGUCAUUUGUUUUUUUUUUUUACCCCCUGAGGGCCCAAGUGGAAACAGUGCCCGAGAAGUUCAGUCCUAAACCGAAAAUAUGUUGAAUAUUACUUGCAAAAAGGCUCUUACUCAUCUUUCAGAGUACGAUUUUUGUUAAUGCCAUUGUACAGAAACAUAUGCACUAUCGGCAAAAAAAAGGAUUAUCAUAAUACUGAAAUUAAUGUGCCAAACUAUGAACAAAUAUCUGUACAGACAAUUUUCUAUCUAUAUGAAUAUUGGCUGUUCUAUUUUGUAACACUUGAUGGAGAGCUGACUUUCGAAAGAAGUUAUAUUUUGGGACCCUCUCCGCUGGCGAGCACCUGCAGCUGACAGUGGUAUGCUACCGCACGCUCACCUUACCAAAACAGAAAGACUCUGAUCUUCUUUCUUUUUUGUUCACUAAAUUCAAUUUACCUCAACAUCACCCGGCAUUUUGAAGCUAAACGAGAAGUGAAGAGGGACCUCGUCGAAGACUCAAAGGACAGUGAGAGAAUGGGCGCAGAAGAAGAGGUUCGAGGGGCGUCAGCCGCAUCUUUUGAGUAAGUAUGAUGCCAGCAGUGUGUUUUUCCUGUGCUUAAUCUACCCAGCAGCGAUACAGGUUUGAAAAACAAGGUCGUGCAAAUGGAGCUCAUCCUUGUGAGAUUGACUCUGACUUGCCUGAGCUUCAAGGACCUGGAUAGAGGGAGAACAUGUUCACUAUUCAUAAACUCUGAAUUGACUUCACAAUGCAAAAAUAUUCUGUGUGACUCAACAGUUACAGCUUGUUUUUCUUAAACAGACAGGCCGUCUUUAACUUGUUUGACAACCUGAGGCUUGUGAAACCUUUUUGAGAAAAAAAAAAAAAAAACUGACAAGUUUAAGGAUAUAGUCAGCUCUCUGUUUUU